AUGCCUGGUUAUGCUUCGAGAAAUUAUCUCUUAGAGGCAAUCAAUAGCAAGUUCACUUCGUUUUCUCUAGGCGUAGCUGCGUGUAUCGAAGCACGUACUCUUUUGAAUGUACCUGAAAAACAGUGGAAAGUUUUUUCUGUACUGGUCUAUACACAUAUAGCUGCAGCAGUCUCAUUAUGUUGUAUCGAAGCACGUACUCUUUUGAAUGUACCUGAAAAACAGUGGAAAGUUUUUUCUGUACUGGUCUAUACACAUAUAGCUGCAGCAGUCUCAUUAUGUAUAUUUGGAAUUGUUUGCUUCUGUCUUGGAAUGGUUCACUCAUCCCUGUAUACAGAAGUCAGCUGUAGUAAUGGUGUAAACUUCUUUAUGCCUUUCAUAAACGUCGUAUCGUCGUUCGCUGGUCUGAUUGCUGUUAGAGCCCUCCAUAUGAUUUGGCCACCUUUCGUCCAUCUUGUGACGCUUUCGAUAGCUUUUCCCUCGUUGCUGAUUGUAGCUACAGUGACAUAUAUUGAAGCAGAUGUAUGGUAUGCGCAGUCCAGCGGCACUCCCGAGCCUAUUCCUGCUGGCGUUGAAUUCACGAAUUGGGCGAAAGUAUUUGCUGAUUUAGACGUACUUAUCACGUUCGUGGUUCUCUUCAACAUGCUCAUUAUUGGAGGAGAAUUCAUGGUAUACUUCAAGUACUGGUAUCUUCGAAUGGAUCGAGCCCGAAUC